AUGGCGUUUAAUGACUGCUUCAGUCUGGCCGAUCCUCACAACCCUCGCCCAGGGGACUUGAUCGAAGUGUUCCGUCCUGGCUAUCAGCACUGGGCACUGUACUUGGGUGAUGGCUAUGUUAUCAACCUCACACCUAUAGAUGGCGUCCCUUCACCAUUUACAAGCGCCAAGUCUAUGUUCAGCACAAAGGCUUUGGUGAAAAUGCAGCUUUUGAAGGACGUUGUGGGAAAUGAUACAUACAGAAUAAAUAACAAGUAUGAUACAACUUACCCUCCCCUCCCUGUGGAUGAAGUGAUACAGCGGUCCGAGUUUGCUAUUGGGCAAGAGGUAGCCUAUGACUUAUUGGUCAACAACUGUGAGCAUUUUGUGACCUUGCUCCGAUAUGGAGAAGGAGUGUCAGAUCAGGCCAACCGAGCAAUAAGCACCAUUGGGGUGGUGGCGGCUGCUAUUGAUAUCUUCACAUUCCUCGGAUUGUUUCCAAAGAGACAAAGAACAAAGUAUUAG